CGCAUUAAGUCGUGUUAAAUACCUUAUGCCUUAUGGCCUAAUAACGAAAGAUGGCCACAUUGUCCAGCUAACAACGAUCACAGCUCGACGCAGGUACGUUGCACGGUUCGAUGCCGCUUUUGUUGACGUACUUCAGCUUGUCAUUGGGACAUUGAUGAAAAUGAAAUAGAACUUGAACGUCGUAUAAUUUUCGCUGUUGGGCCUACUUGAUUUUUUAAAAUCUGUUAGAAUGAAACGGAAAUGUAAUAUAUUAGGGUUCUUUUUGAUGGUUGCAACAAUUCUGUGCCUAGCUAACCAAUGGUCUAUGAAAUUAUCAGCUAAACACAGCCGUGGCUUUGAUGGGUAGAAAACAACCAGUGGUUCAGGGCGUUGAGUACGAAAACAAUGUUGAUUAUAUUAUUCACCGGACAUUGUUACCCCCUGAUCGAUUGAUAACCAACAUGCAAAAUACAUGAGACAGCACUAAACGCAGCCGUGGAUUAAGUAAAGAUACCUCAGCUUUGGUACAGGGCGUUGAGUACGAAAACAAUGUUGAUAAUAUUAUUCACCGGACAUUGUUACCCCCUGAUCGACUGAUAACCAACAUGCAAAAUACAACAGAGUACAGUGUUCAUAUAACACAAAGCGCCAAAGACCAUUGGUUGGCAGAGAUGAAUGCAACGCAAAGUAGAAGAAGUCAAAACCUUCGACGAUAUUGCAAUCAACAGCAUAUACAAGUAGCUGACUUGGAGAACACUAAAGAUUUGUUGGAAAUCAGGUCUAAUACUCCGCCGUUGGAUGCAUUUGUAUUUGAUGACAAUUUUGAGUUCAUGGUGAGUGUAAUACAGAAAGUUGGCUCUAAACACUGGCGGAAUCUGUUCUCGGAUCUGCGCAGACGUGUAAAUAGUCACCGUCGCCAGUCUGGUCGAGUUCGCUCGUAUCCAAACGGGGCUUUACUUUCCCAAGUGAAAGAUAUAAGAGAGUUAAAGUACCGACUGCAAAACUAUAAGAAAAUCAUAUUUACUCGACACCCGUUAGUACGUGCGCUGAGUGCGUACAGGGACAAGUUCGAGAAGGACGUCGUGGAUUACUGCUGGAGCGUUGGAUCUAUCAUUCUGAACAAUUACAGGAGGAAUUACACCGGUUUAGAUGUGAGACAUGUCCACGACAUUAGCUUCAGUGAAUUUGUUGAGUUUAUCACAGAUCCGAAUGCACCGGAUGAGAAAAACGACCGGCAUUGGAUCCCGAUUUCUCAGCGCUCUAACCCAUGCCGAAUUGCUUACGAUGUUCUAGGCAAGCUUGAGACAAUCGAUGAUGACAUGAGAUUUGUGUUUGAGUAUUUAGACAUUCAAGGGCUUGUCAAAUACAAUGAACACCAAGAAACGCGUAGUUCUCAAACUGAAACCAUCAAGCAUUACUAUUCGCAACUUUCGCCGAGGUUAUUUUCACGAAUUAUUGAUUUAUAUGCGCAAGACUUUGAAAUGUUUGGUUAUCGUGUUCCAAAAGACCGACGUGAUUUUAAUAAUUUAGUAAUGUUUUGACCCUCGAACUUAAAAAUCUAAAUAAUUCAAUAUUUUUUUUAAACUAAUCUUUGUGUUAAAUUAAUCAUGUUCAUCGAGGUGGUUUUACAAAAAUGGUCUAAACGUUUAUUUAACCAUGUGAAGCCAGCCAUCUGUAUUGGACCGACACGAAUCGAUAAAUUACACCAUGGGUGUAAAGACAAAGGUUUUUUAGUCAUAACAAUACAAUACUAUAUAAUUAUGUAAUAUUGUGUAGCAUCGUAAACAUAAAUUAAAAUAAUAAAAAUAUAUAUAAACUAAACACAUUAACAUAAUAUGUGUAUUAUAUAAUAAUUAUGUAUUUAUAGAUGACCUCUCCACAUUAUUACCCCAUGUCAUUAGAACGAUGCCUAUGAGGGAAAUUCCAUAGUUUGCAGAGGAAAUACUGUCCUCUGUCAGUAUUGAUUCAGAUCAAGCCGACUGGGCUUCAAUUCGAGGUUUUACGGUUUAGUGAACAAUAAUAAAAGAGUUAACUAUUUGUGGUAAAUCAGGGUCUCGAAAGCAAA